GUAGCCACAGUUUUGUUUGAAGGAAUUACAACCAGAGAGAGGGUUGAACUGGUCAGCCCGGAAAGAAUACUGCAACAGCACACGAAAUAUUUGAAUGUUCUAAAUUCUUCAUCGAGAUAUAGCUUAUUUACUUUUUCCAAGCAUCGGCCGUCUGCUUGAUGCAUUUCUAUCACGAUGUUAGCGCAUUACCCAAAUGUGGAAAAAUCCCAGCUGGUCAGCUAUGUUGAAGAUUACCUUGAAUGUGUUGAGUCUCUGCCUUUGGACAUACAGCGGAAUGUUUCGUUGCUUUGGGAAAUCGACACAAAGUAUCAAGAGGUCCUGAAUGAGGUGGACGAUGUGUACGAGCGUUACAAGCGCGAGACAGAUGCGGGUCAACGAAAGCGCCUGCAGAUCCAGUUACAGCGUGCCCUCAUCAGCAGCCAGGAGCUUGGUGACGAGAAGAUCCAUGUAGUGACCCAAAUGCUGGAGCUGGUGGAGAACCGCUCGCGCCAAAUGGACUCUCACACACACUGCUUCACCGACCCAAUUGAGGAGCGAUCCCCAGCCGAGAAGGUGCGACAUGAUGGGGCCAGCAGUGGAGUAGUUGUUGUUGGUGGUGGUGGAGGAGGAGGAGGAGGAGGAGGGGGUGGCGGCGGCGGCGGCGGCGGUGUUGCCGGCGGCGGAGGCGUUGUUGGUGGUGGUGGAGGAGGAGGAGGAAGUGGUGGUGGUGGUGGUGGCGGCGGCGGUGGUGGUGGCGGCGGGGCCGCCGCAUCAUCGGCAGGGUCCCUGCCCGAGCGCUCAGCCCGCAGGCCACGCCGCCAGCGCAACAGCGAGAGCCGUGACUCGUGCCAUGGUGCCAACGGGGCGUUGGACGACCCAGAGGAGGUGGCGCCCGCCCCACCACGGGAGAAGAAAUCGAAGUCGGCCAAGAAGAAAAAGCGCUCCAAGGCCAAGCAGGAGCGCGAUGCCUCGCCUGUGGAGUUCGCCAUCGACCCCAACGAGCCGACCUACUGCCUGUGCGAGCAGGUGUCUUACGGCGAGAUGAUUGGCUGUGACAACGAGCAGUGCCCCAUUGAGUGGUUCCACUUCACCUGUGUUGGACUCACCUACAAGCCCAAGGGCAAGUGGUACUGCCCCAAGUGCAGAGGCGACAAUGAAAAGACCAUGGACAAAAGCACUGACAAGCCUAAAAAAGACCGCCGGUCGAGGUAGUGCCUUCUGGGGAAAAGGUGUAUAUGUUUAGCUGUGAGUGGGGUGGGGGAAUCAAGUGGAGGGAGAGUUACUAGAUGUAACAGUAUCGCAGUUCACACAAUCAUAUUUGAGAUAGCACUGAACAGGACUGUGCCGUCAAGCAAUGGACCUAUCACAGAAAAGCUGAGACUUCACCUUUGAACUCCGCUGCUGUGUUUCGCCAAAGGUUUUCAAACAGGUGCUGACAUAACACUUUGGGAUGUAUAGUGUAGUCGUUAAACCCGGUGACCUCCUUAUUUAACUGUCAGAAGGACCAAGAGGAAACCGAAGCUAUAGAUACUGCCACCAAGAUUCUAUUUCAGAGAUUAUGUGAGAGUAUAUGUCCCCCCCCCCCCCCCUCACUGAACUUGGCACAGAUUCAUAGAAUGUCCUUAGGUGUCAAGCAUUACACGUAGGCCCCCUAACGUAAGGGAACCUACAGUGGUCUAAAGAGGGUUCAAUAUUUGACAAGCCUUUUGGAUUAUGCACACGGUUUAGGUAGAGACACUAUGUUCCAGAUCAUUUCUUUUCAUCUCAUUUAGGAAGUGGAAUACUUUACACCCUCUCAGUGUCUUCCAGACAAUUCAGUUCCACUGUUACAUAUUUUGUGUGAUUUGUUUGUAAGAGAUUUUUUUAUGCUUGGUGUAUUUAAUAAACCUGUGCUUGUAUUGUC